CGCUUGGCCGACGCUGCUCCUCCCCGUUAGCGCAACUUUUUCACUUCUACAACUCGCGCCGAUGUCUCGACACUUUUACCACUGUAUUAAACGAUUAACAACGCGCGAGGACCAAAGUUACGUUUCGGACAUGAAAGUUGUGACCGGGUAGAGUCGACAUCUUCCCCCCAAACACUUCAACAUGAAAGCGCUGCAGGGGUUCACGGUGUGGACGGUGGUGGUCUUCUGCUGUCUUUUUGAGAUCUGUCAAGCGUCCGACUGUAAGGAUGUUGUGUCCUGUGAUAAUACUUUGAAUUUCACCGUAACAAAUACAUCUAUUGAACCAUCUGAAGAAAACUGUAACCUGACGAUUAAUGGAAAAUCCUACACAAGUGUUGCAAAACCUCUGGAGCCCGGUGCUGUACACUCCGUUUACGCCCAAUGUUCUAGUACUACAUGUUGUUUUAAUGUUACAACACAGCCUGAAAAAGUCUCCAGCCUCAACAUUGAGAGCACAACAUCCUCUCUGAGCCUAAAGUGGGAUAAACCCAUUGGAAAAAUCUCUGGCUAUGAUGUAAAAUGGACUGGUGAUGACGGACAAACUAAAAAUACGUCUGUUCAAAUUACAUCAGUGACAAUCUCUGCUCUGACCCCUGGGGUGCAGUAUAAUGUCACAGUCAUUGCAGUGGCAGGAGAUGGGCUCACUAAAGGAGAAGGAGUCACCACAUCUGUUUAUACAAAACCUGGACAGAUCAGUAAACUCACUGUUACUGGUGUCACAACAUCGUCCAUGUAUUUGAACUGGACUAAACCAGAGGGACAACGCUCCUUCUACAUAGUACAGUGGGUUAGUGGAAAUGACCCCAAAACAGAUAAUGUGACUGAGCCAUUCAAAGACAUCACUGGCCUGACUGCAGGUGUGGAGUAUACUAUAACUGUCACUGCUGUGGCAGGAGAUAAUGAAACAAAAGGAGUUGGUGUGAAUAAAGUGCAGUACACAAAGCCUGAAAAAGUCUCCAGCCUCAACAUUGAGAGCACAACAUCCUCUCUGAGCCUAAAGUGGGAUAAACCCACUGGAAAAAUCUCUAGCUAUGAUGUAAAAUGGACUGGUGAUGACGGACAAACUAAAAAUACGUCUGUUCCAACUACAUCAGUGACAAUCUCUGCUCUGACCCCUGGGGUGCAGUAUAAUGUCACAGUCAUUGCAGUGGCAGGAGAUGGGCUCACUAAAGGAGAAGGAGUCACCACAUCUGUUUAUACAAAACCUGGACAGAUCAGUAAACUCACUGUUACUGGUGUCACAACAUCGUCCAUGUAUUUGAACUGGACUAAACCAGAGGGGCACAGCUCCUUCUACAUAGUACAGUGGGUUAGUGGAAAUGACUCCAAAACAGAUAAUGUGACUGAGCCAUUCAAAGGCAUCACUAACCUGACUGCAGGUGUGGAGUAUACUAUAACUGUCACUGCUGUGGCAGGAGACAGUCAAACAAAAGGAGCUGGUGUGAGUAAAGUGCAGUACACAAAACCUGGACAGAUCAGUAAACUCACUGUUACUGGUGUCACAACAUCGUCCAUGAAUUUGAGCUGGACUAAACCAGAGGGACAAAGCUCCUUCUACAUAGUACAGUGGGUUAGUGGAAAUGACUCCAAAACAGAUAAUGUGACUGAGCCAUUCAAAGGCAUCACUAACCUGACUGCAGGUGUGGAGUAUACUAUAACUGUCACUGCUGUGGCAGGAGACAGUGAAACAAAAGGAGUUGGUGUGAGUAAAGUGCAGUACACAAAACCUGGACAGAUCAGUAAACUCACUGUUACUGGUGUCACAACAUCGUCCAUGUAUUUGAACUGGACUGAACCAGAGGGACAAAGCUCCUUCUACAUAGUACAGUGGGUUAGUGGAAAUGACUCCAAAACAGAUAAUGUGACUGAGCCAUUCAAAGGCAUCACUAACCUGACUGCAGGUGUGGAGUAUACUAUAACUGUCACUGCUGUGGCAGGAGAUGACUGGACUAGAGGAGGUGACACAGAACUAAGAGUUUACACAAAACCUGGACAGAUCAGUAAACUCACUGUUACUGGUGUCACAACAUCGUCCAUGAAUUUGAGCUGGACUAAACCAGAGGGACAAAGCUCCUUCUACAUAGUACAGUGGGUUAGUGGAAAUGACUCCAAAACAGAUAAUGUGACUGAGCCAUUCAAAGGCAUCACUAACCUGACUGCAGGUGUGGAGUAUACUAUAACUGUCACUGCUGUGGCAGGAGACAGUGAAACAAAAGGAGUUGGUGUGAGUAAAGUGCAGUACACAAAACCUGGACAGAUCAGUAAACUCACUGUUACUGGUGUCACAACAUCGUCCAUGUAUUUGAGCUGGACUAAACCAGAGGGACAAAGCUCCUUCUACAUAGUACAGUGGGUUAGUGGAAAUGACUCCAAAACAGAUAAUGUGACUGAGCCAUUCAAAGGCAUCACUAACCUGACUGCAGGUGUGGAGUAUACUAUAACUGUCACUGCUGUGGCAGGAGAUGACUGGACUAGAGGAGGUGACACAGAACUAAGAGUUUACACAAAACCUGGACAGAUCAGUAAACUCACUGUUACUGGUGUCACAACAUCGUCCAUGAAUUUGAACUGGACUGAACCAGAGGGACAAAGCUCCUUCUACAUAGUACAGUGGGUUAGUGGAAAUGACUCCAAAACAGAUAAUGUGACUGAGCCAUUCAAAGGCAUCACUAACCUGACUGCAGGUGUGGAGUAUACUAUAACUGUCACUGCUGUGGCAGGAGACAGUGAAACAAAAGGAGUUGGUGUGAGUAAAGUGCAGUACACAAAACCUGGACAGAUCAGUAAACUCACUGUUACUGGUGUCACAACAUCGUCCAUGAAUUUGAGCUGGACUGAACCAGAGGGACAAAGCUCCUUCUACAUAGUACAGUGGGUUAGUGGAAAUGACUCCAAAACAGAUAAUGUGACUGAGCCAUUCAAAGGCAUCACUAACCUGACUGCAGGUGUGGAGUAUACUAUAACUGUCACUGCUGUGGCAGGAGAUAACUGGACUAGAGGAGGUGACACAGAACUAAGAGUUUACACAAAACCUGGACAGAUCAGUAAACUCACUGUUACUGGUGUCACAACAUCGUCCAUGAAUUUGAGCUGGACUGAACCAGAGGGACAAAGCUCCUUCUACAUAGUACAGUGGGUUAGUGGAAAUGACUCCAAAACAGAUAAUGUGACUGAGCCAUUCAAAGGCAUCACUAACCUGACUGCAGGUGUGGAGUAUACUAUAACUGUCACUGCUGUGGCAGGAGACAGUGAAACAAAAGGAGUUGGUGUGAGUAAAGUGCAGUACACAAAACCUGGACAGAUCAGUAAACUCACUGUUACUGGUGUCACAACAUCAUCCAUGUAUUUGAACUGGACUGAACCAGAGGGGCACAGCUCCUUCUACAUAGUACAGUGGGUUAGUGGAAAUGACUCCAAAACAGAUAAUGUGACUGAGCCAUUCAAAGGCAUCACUAACCUGACUGCAGGUGUGGAGUAUACUAUAACUGUCACUGCUGUGGCAGGAGAUAAUGAAACAAAAGGAGUUGGUGUGAGUGAAGUACUGUACACAAGACCUAUGAAGCCUGAUGUCACUGUCAACCAUAGAGACACCAGUAGCCUGAAUAUUAGCUGGACCUUACCUGGAGGCCAUGUGGAUCACUAUGAAGUAGAGUUGAACCAGAAACAUCAGACUGAUAACACUUGGUUCCAAUUCUCUGAUUUAUCACCUGGACGACUCCACACUGUCACUGUAACUGCUGUUGCUGGAAACUUCAAAAACACUUCAGAAUCAGAAUUUGCUACUUAUCCACUGCCUCCACAGUCUGUCAAGAUUGCUGGCAGAACAAACUCCUAUCUUAAUCUGAGUUGGGAUGUGAAUCCUAAAAUGCAAGAUGCUCCAAACAUCAAUUACAGCAUUUCAUAUGAGGGAGUUUCUUUGACAUUCACAAAGACGACUGCAACUCUGCCUAACCUUCAGUCUGGGUUUCACUAUAAUAUGACUGUGAAAAGUGUGGGACCCCAGAACCUCCACAGCACUGGUAUAAACAUCAAGGCUUGUACUAAUCCAAAUCCAGUUUUGCAUCUUGGAGCAUUCCCAGAAUCCACCACAUCACUGAAAGUCAACUGGGCCUACCCAUCAGACCACAAGCCAACUUACUCCUACCGUAUUUACAUCUAUGACCCCACAGGAAAUUUAGUCAAAAAUGAUUCUCUUCAAGGCAACUCUAAAAGUGUAACUGGACUGAAACCAGGAACUGAAUACAAGAUAUCUGUGAUCACAGUGUUAGCAGAAGCAUGUCAGUCCACAAAAGAAGAGGUCUCCAACUAUACAAAACCUGCAGCUGUCACCAUUACAGAAGUCUCAGGAACCACAACCAGCCUCACAGUGAGCUGGGAUAAGGCACAGGGAGGCGUGGAUCACUAUAGUGUGACAGUUUACAACAGCACUGGCCAAGGAGUCCAAACCAAGGAACCUCUCAGCAAAGAUACUUUCAGCACAACGUUCACUGGCCUCAAACCUGGAGUGCAAUACUGCGCCAGAGUGUUCACCAAUACUGGACAAUUACAGGCUGAGUCUAAUGAAUCCUGCAAUGCAACAUUCCCUAAUCCUCCACGAAACCUCAAAGUGAGCCUUCAGACACUGAAUUCUCUCAAUUUUACCUGGGACACUCCUGAAGAUAUGCAGCCAGAUCAGUACCACUUCAAUGUUUCCAUUGACAACAAAACCAAAACGCCUCAAAAUCACGCAGGCAUCACCGAGGAGAACCUUCAGUCUGGAACUCCCCACAAGAUCACUGUUAUUACUGUCGGAGUUAAUGACUUCAGAAGCGAGGAAGUGACCGCUGUGGCCUACACAAAGCCAUAUCCUGUCACUGACCUGCAGCAGACUGAAAUCACCCCGGAUUCAGUCACGCUGAUUUGGAAUCAGACUGAACACAAACCAGGUUAUAGAUAUCUGGUGGAAGUCAGUAACAGCUCUGGGCCCACAUCAGCACCGUUAAACGUUACAGACUUGACAGUGAAAGUACAGGGGCUGAUCUCUGGCACCAACUACAGCUUCACUGUCACCACACAAACAGCAGAUGGCACUGCCGCCUCUCCACAGACCGUGUCCUACUUCACAAGGCCCUAUGGGAUUAAGAACUUGAUGGCGGACACUUUAAAUACAACCUCUAUUAGUCUCACCUGGACUCAGCCGUCAGAGUACAAGCCUGAAUACACAUACGUGGUGGAGACGUCAGGCUGUAGAGAAACUCACAACAAAACUGUUACUUCUGAAAACACAGAGUUAACAGAUCUGACUUCAGGCACCAACUGCAGCUUCUGUGUUACCGUCAAAGCUGAAAAUGGAAUAGAGAGUAAAUCUGAAUGCACAUCUGCAUAUACCAAGCCUGAGAAAGUAGAGCCUCACAUCUCCAGUCAAGGCCUCAACAACUCCAUUUUGGUUUCAUGGGCAAAACCUCCUGGAAAUGUUGAAGUUUAUAGAGUUUCUUUAAAUGACACAAGCUGGUCUGGGGAGCUUAACUCUACUGCCCGAUUUCAUAUAUUUGAGAACUUGUCUGCUGGAAGAAUUUACACUGCUGUGGUUGAAACCCAAAGUGGAAAUUUUAGUGAACAAUCAGAAUCAGUCUCUAACGCCACAUUUCCUAACCCUCCUGGAGUCAUCGCCGUUCAGGAGCAGACCACUCGCUCCAUUCAUGUCACUUGGAUCGAAGCUCCUCUCAUGUCUGGUGCUGAGUUCCAUUAUCAAGUGGAAAUUUCACCGAACUCGACAGUCAUCACCACCACUCAAACAAACUAUACAUUUGCUCAACUGUUGUCUGGAACAUCUUAUAAUAUCACCGUGACGACCGUCGGCGUCAUGGGGUUCAAAAGUGAAACUGUGCGGCGCGACAUGAUCACCACAAGACCGUUUCCAGUCAAAAGCCUACAGGCAAAACCCGGAGAGAAGCAGGUUGUCCUGACAUGGAGCGAACCAGAAGAAUAUAAGCCCAGUUACAGAUUCAAAGUGAUGGGCUCCAAUACGGACGAAGCAACAGAAAACCUGCUUACCCACACCAUGACUGGUCUGGUUUCUGGCUCGUCCUAUUGGUUCACUGUCACAACGGAGACUUCAGAUGGUACCACGGGGGAGCCAAUGAAUAUUACCGAAUGCACAAAUGCAAGUCCUGUGCCAUUCAUAGAUUGUAAAGCCCCAAAUGAAACAAAUGCAACAAUAACUUGGACAUGGAAGAAAGCAGAGGGUCAAUUUUCUAAUUUCUCAGUGCAGUUUGAGAACGAAACAUCUAAAAACCCUUAUCCGCCUUCACUGGAGAAGUACGAAAACAUGAUUAAACCGGUCAAUGUGAAAUUCAACGAGUUCUCAAUUGAGGUCAGCCGCGAUCUUCUGAACAACAUCAACGGGCCAAUUACACAUGUGGGAGUAAAACAAAACUUUUUCUAUCCAGAUGUCAGCAAGAAAGAAUUGGGGAAAUACUUGGAGUCCAAUUAUGAUGACUGGAAAAACAAAAAGUCAAAGGCGUAUUUGGCAACAAUAAUCAACGCGACUGUGAAGACACGCAAUACAGAACCUCUCAUUCUACCAGUCGGAGAUGAGACUACAUGGCACGGUUACGGGAAUGGUAUCCUCGAGGCCACGAAGCAAUACAAGUUUACUAUUGUUGUGUUCACCAAGCUCGAAUUGGAUGGCGACAAAAUAAAUGCUGCUGCGUGUCUGUAUUCAUCUACACAAUUUGACAAUUCUGUAACACUUCCACAAAAUCCAGUCGUCAUUGGAAUGGCAGUUGGAGUGACCUUGGGUAUAUUCCUUAUUCUGCUGAUCGUGCUCAUUGGAUUCGUCAUUUACUGGAGAAGGUUGUCAAAGAAAGAGACAUCUGACAUUCAAAUACAUUCUCUGAGGAGUUUCCCUGUGAGAGUUGAGGAUUAUGAAGUGUACUACAAAAAACAAAAAGCUGAUUCCAACUGUGGCUUCGCUGAGGAAUAUGAGGACCUCAAAGUUGUUGGCACUGCUCAGUCCAAAACCCACGCUUUGACUCCAGAGAACAAGCCCAAGAAUCGCUACAACAACGUUCUCCCGUACGAUGCAUCUAGAGUAAAGCUUUCUAUCAUUCAUGGGAAUCCUAUUGAUGACUACAUCAAUGCUAACUACAUACCGGGUUACAACUCCAAGAAGGAGUUUAUUGCAGCGCAGGGCCCUUUGCCGGCCACAGUCAAUGACUUCUGGAGGAUGAUCUGGGAGAAGAACGUGCACACUGUGGUCAUGCUAACACGCUGCAAUGAGCAGGGCAGAGUGAAAUGUGAGCAGUACUGGACCGCUGGCACCAAGCACUAUGAAAACAUAAACGUCACCACAACAUCUGAGAUCCCCCUUGAGGACUGGACCAUCAGGGACUUUGACAUCAAAAACGUCAAAACUGCAGAGACUCGUUCCGUGCGGCAUUUCCACUUCACAGCUUGGCCGGACCACGGGGUUCCAGAGACCACGGAGCUCCUGAUCAGCUUCAGACAUCUGGUCCGAGAACACAUGGACCAGUACAGGCACUCUCCCACUAUAGUGCACUGCAGUGCUGGCGUGGGACGCACAGGGACCUUCAUCGCCAUUGACCGCCUCAUAUUCCAGAUCGAAAGGGAAAACGUGGUCGAUGUUUAUGGUAUUGUUCACGAUAUGCGAAUGCACCGAAGCCUCAUGGUGCAGACAGAGGACCAGUAUAUUUACCUCCAUCAGUGUGCGCUCGAUGUCAUCAGGUCAAGAACUGGAAACAACGUGGAUCUCAUUUACCAAAACACGACUGCCUUCGCCAUUUAUGAAAACUUUUGAAAGCAUUGAGCUCCAAAAAAGAAAUCAAGAGUAGGUUUUAAAGUGCCUAUGUUACGCAUAAUUGACUCUUGUGAGAUGAAAGCCGUGUUAUAAUGUUGUUACCUCUUAAAAACAGACCUGGAGUUGUGUUUUGUUUUGUUUCAUUCACACAUAUUUAAGUAAUCCUUUAUUAUUAGUAGAGUUGGUAUCAUUAAGAAGUUGCCGAUACGAUACAUAACUCGAUACGAUAAGUUUUUUGAAACAGUGCACUUUCAAUUCAAUAUGUUUCGAUACGAUGUAUUUCAAAUCCAGUAGUGGGCCGUCAGGGUCCUUUUCGCUUGCGGUCACUCAUGUCUACGCAGGCGCACCUCCGGGCCCGUCCCAACGUCCUGGUUUAGUUCUGGUUUAGUCAAAAUAAACAGAAAACGCACACCAAAAUUCUUGUAGAGGUGCAAAUGCAAGGAGCAGCCAGACAAGGGUGAAAAAAUGCAUAGCACACUCGGCUGGCCGAUGUUCAAAAGCUUUUUUAUUAACAAAAUAUAAUUUCGGCAAAAAAAGCCUUCAUCAGACAUUUUUCUUGUUUUGGACCACAGCACACAGUUAGUCCUGGUUUAGACCUGUUUUAGUCCUGUUUUAGUCCUCGUUUAGUCCUGAUCCCUCAUGUCGCAGGUCACUAUAGGAGAGUACCGGAGAUAUCAGUGUUUCCCGCAGUACUUUAUAGUUAAAGCGGCCGCCUUGACAACAAGUGGCCCCUGCCUUGACAACAUCCCUCUGAACCACGUGAAUCCUCUCAAAAGUACGGUCUUUGCAUGGAUUCUCCACGUACACCCUGCACCUCACUUCUUCUCCAUGCAACUACUUCAAAUUGAUUUGAUAUAAUUCAGUGAAAAAAAGGUUAAAUCAUGGCUGUGAUACUAAAAGUUCACCAAGUCCACAAAUUUUAUGCAAAGUUAAUAUGAAAAACACCCAUUUUACUCAUCAAAACUGUAAAAAUGUGAACACAAUUGUAGCUCUUUCACCAAAUAAUUUAGUAAGAUGUACGUAAAUUUACUUUUCUGCAUCGAUACUGUAUCAUCAAAUUAAACAAUACGAUAUAUCGAUAUUUCAGUAUUUUUACACACCCUUUAUUAUUAGUCUCUCUACAUCAUGUUUCUUUAGUAGAAAUUGGCAGUUUCUGAGCUGAAAUUGUCCAAAUGAUUCAAGUGAAGGUGUAUGGAGUUCAAAAACACAGUGAAGCAUUUCCUGUAUUAUCACAUGACAUCACAAGGUGGAACAGAGUGUUUUCCCUGAAUACGCAGAUUUUGUGUGUUAAACAACAAAACACAAGUCCAGGUUUGUUUGUGAUGAGGAAACAACAUUAUAACUAUACUAGUAAAUCACAAAAUAAUGUAAUAUGGGCCUAUUUUAUCUCUGUAACUCAAGAAAAUCAUGUGGGAAUCUUUUUUUAUAUUUCAAUAACUGUAAGAAUUUUAGGACCACAUUUUUUUAUUUUUUUUAUGGUGCACUAUGUAACUUUUCUGGCCCAACGUCAUGGAGAUGUUAUUAGCUUUUCCUGCAAUGUUCCACAGUAUGACAUUAAAAUAUUAUACUAUUUCAUUUAUUAAAUUACAAAACCUUAGUAAACAUACAAGAAACUUUAAAGAAGAGUCGCCUUUCCACAGACAUGACCUGUAAGCUGAUCUGGUGGCAUAAGCUCAGGACCAGACUGUGGAACGUUCUAGGCAAAGUAAUAGCAUCGUUAUGGAGACAAAGUGGUGUAAAAAGUUCCAUGUUGCAUCUUUACUGUUGAUGUUUGUUUUUUUAUUUGUUUAAAUUCUCAGGUAUCAUAUCUUGCUUUGUGGAUUUUAGCACAGAUGAAACUAGGCCUGUCACGAUAUCACAUUUUGACGAACAAUAGAGAAAUACUGUGAUAAACGAUCCAACUGAAACUAUUUUAUGUCACUGAUACAAUUAAAAUAAAGCAGGAUAAUCCACGUGAUGCAGUGUAAUAUUAGCCAGGCUGGUGCCACCUAGUGCCUCCGCUCAGUUUUAUUUCUCUCCAGCGACUAGGUCAAGAAUCAGAAUACACUAGACGGUUCGCAAAAACCCCAGAAGUGAGAAUUCGGGCACCAGUCAAUCAGCGAAGAGCCAUAUAUUCAGUGUUGGCAACGAUUCCCGAGAUCGAGGAUUUAAAGCCGGAAUAAAGAAAAUGUUUGGUGAAUUUUAUCAAGGGGAAAGACGUUAUUGCCGUUCUUCCUACAGGAUUUGGGAAAAGCUUAAUAUACCAGUUAAUUACAUACAUCACGACCAAAUAACAGCGAUUGGUUAAAUGAUAAAAAGUAAAACCGGCUGAUGAAUCAGGCUAGUUUAAAAUAUACAAUACAACUAAAACGGCCAAUGAAGUGACUUAUUUUACCCUCUGCAACUCAAAUCUUAUCGUAUUACAACAGAAAUAACAAAGGCUACGUUCACACUGCAACCUGAAGUGACCCAAAUCUGACUUUUUGGCCCCUAUGUGACCUGUAUCUGAUCUUUUAAUGACAGUCUGAACGACACAGAUCUGAUUUUUUCAAAUGCGACCCAGGACACUUGGAUAUGUGCUCCUAAACCGAUGCAUAUCUGAUUUUUGACAUGCGACUUCAGUCUGAACGGCCAAAGCGCAUUCAUCCCACCUACAUGUUAUCAACAAGUGACAAAUGUACACAAACGUUCUUCUCGUCAUACGAAAAUUGUUAAUGAACUCCGUGUCUCUGAAGUGAAGCACAUCGCCACUCACCAGUCUUGGCUACGUCUCCGCAUCCACAUGUUCCUUUCAACGGACUGUCCCACAAAACGCCACGGCCAAAAAACUCGUCCUUCUCAGUCUCCUCCUUAAAACAAAUAAGUUGUUCAUGUUCUGGCUUCAGCACGAGAGGAACUUUAAAAUCUCCAGGUGCUCAAUGCUCACGUCCAUGUUUGAACAACUUCCGUAAACACAGAGCACGCUUGCUACGGUUGACAUCGUUGUGUCCUCCAGUGCACAUGCUGGACACUUUCGGGCCGUUUAAUGUUCACACUGGAGAAUCACAUACAAGUCGCAUUUAAUUGGAAAUGUGAACGACCUCACAAAAACAUCAGAUUUCACAAAAAAAGAUCAGAAUUGAGCCUUGCAGUCUGAACGUAGCCAAAAAGUCCUACUAUUUUACAAAGAAAAUAAAUAAAUAUAGUGUUCUAGUUUUCGUACAUUUAACGAUAAGCUGAUAUGAAGGCAGUAGAAGGGCCAGGGAUCUGUUGUUCUGGGCUCCUUUUCUUAUUCAUUUAUAUUAGAGGGGGCCCAUGUGAAGCUUCUUGCCCCAGGCCCCCAAAUUUCUGCCUACAGCCCUGGUCAAUUUUGUAAAUAUCGUGACAAGCCUAUAUAAAAGAAAAACUUAAAAAAAAAGAACUAAACCUUACUCUUGCCUUAUACAGUUUGAGCCUCAUGAUGUAUUUUCCGUGAUUAUUUUGCUAUAGGAUUUUAAUUGUGCAAUGUCUUACUGAUUUUGUCUCUUUGCACUGUGAUGCACUGGAUGCAUUUUAUAUUUAAUUGCAUUGUUCACACUUUAAAACGAGAAUGUAUCGCGAUCAGAUAAAGGCCAGUGCUUUUGAAACUGGAAGGUUUUUAUCGUACGUCAUGACCAGUGGUGGAAGACGUGCUCAAGUUUUGCGAGGUGCACUGUGUAACUUUUUACGGUGGAGGGUGAAGGGAUAGAAAUGUUUAAAGUCAUACUGUGAAACAUUCCAGACAAAGCAAUAACAUCUCCAUGGAGAAAAACAUUUGACGGACCCACCACAAGAAAUACUACACAGUGCACCUUUAAGUAAAAGUAGAGAUAAAACAAAGAGCAAAACAAAUACUCAAGUAAAAGUGAAAAGUAUCCCAUGAAAAUAAGUAGAAGUAUUAAAGUACUUGUUUAAAAAUAUACAUAAAGAUAAAAAGUAAAAGUAUUUUGCACAGUAUUUGAGAUCUAAUAAAGCGUCAAAUUUUGAUUUUGAUACAGAUUUGUGCAGAAUUUUGUUCAAUAGAAACAACUGAAUCUUUUUUUAAUCUGUUUUUGAUUUGAUUUAUGUAUUUAUUCUGGGCAAGUAAGAAAUGUACAUUAUUUUACCAUGGAACACAUAACAUUAAUGAAAACAGAGCAGAAAUAAUAACAACAAAAAAUAAAAAGUUGACCCAAAAAGGAGUGGGAAAAAGAAAACUUAUUUAAUCCCACCCUCAUUUAUUUAAUAUUUAUUUGAAUAUUUGUAUUUGCUCAGACUAAGAACUUAUUACAAAUAAACCUUGAGCCAUUUCAGCAGGUCUCAAACAAUAAUAAAAAAAAUAAAAAUCUGUGCAGAAACAACAAAAAAGUGGCUGUUUGCUGCAGGUGUUCCAAUCAUUGGGGCAGGUAGAGGAUUCUCUUGGAAAAAGGAUCAAAACUAAAACACAAUGGACUUCAGGCACUCCAAAGAAGUGGAAAAAAAAAUAAAAAUCGCACGAGGAAAAAUUUAGUUCAAAGGCUUUUAUUUGAAUGGCCAAAGCCAACAUGUUUUGACCUUAACCUCUUCAUCAGGGCUACUUUAAAAAAAAAAAUUGACUUCUUUAGAGUGCCUGGAGUCCGUUGUGUUUUAAUAAUAAAAAAUACUUUUACUUUUCAGUCCUGUUCAAAAAUGUAAUAGAGUAGAAAGUACAGAUACCUGCGCUCAAAUGUAGUGAAGUAAAAGGUUAAAAUUAUCCACGUUAAAAUGUACUUACGUAAACUACAGAUACCUAAAAUGUUUACUUAAGUACAGUACUUCUACUUCUUUCCAUUCCAUCACUGGGCAUGACCGUGUUACAGCAGCUCAGGAAUUGGUGAUGUCCUGUGUACAUUCCACUUACAGCGAAUAACGUGUCACUUCCUGUUGUAUAUCCAGUCUAUCUAUGGACAUUUCCUGUGUAUACGCUCCCACAUGUUCAGCGGGGAAGGUACUAUUUUCUGUUGUUGAUUUUGUAGACAGCUGAUGUUAAGUUUGAAGCCACUGUUUUGUUAUUUAUUGUAUGAUUUUACUCUGAAAGCACUUAAGUGUAAAGCAACACAGAAAUCAUCCGUUGUUUUAAGUUGUUAUGAAAAGCUUUUGUAUAUUGCUUGCAGGUACAACGCAAAUGUAAUAAAUGUAGAAUAAAGAUGCUUUGUUUAAAUAUA